AUGCAUCUCAGAGUAUCACAUUUUUAUACCGUCUUCCCACAUGUGUACGAUGGCACAAAUCAUAUGCUCUUCAAUGGUUCAUUGUUCUUCCACAGAGCCGGGUUUCCCCGGAUUGGAAAGUUUGAGCUGACUACAGGACGAUACGAUGAGAUCGAAAUCCCUGGUGCUGCACACCAGGGUAACAAUUACCUAUUCAAUAAAUCAAUGAACUAUUUUGAUCUGGCCAUCGACGAGAAUGCACUUUGGAUUCUGUACCACUAUGAAAAAGAAAAGUUUCUCAGUGUAGCCAAGGUUGACAUCAAUAACUUGACAAUCUACGAGACUCACAAUCUGACGCUCAUCAAUCAUUCCCAAAUCGCCAACGGGAUUGUCAUAUGUGGAGUCUUAUAUACGGUAAGAUAA